AUGGAUCGGCGCUUCAACGAACUCCUGGCUAACUGGGACCGGGUCCAGAAUCCGGUACUGGUGUAUGCUCCAAAUCCGAAAGAGAUCGAGGAUUGGGAAAAGUCUCUACCCUACAAACUCGAGGACGUCUUUGACUUCACCGCUGGUCUAGGAGAGAAGGAGGUGGGCGCAGAUCCCAAUGCUGAAUAUGUGUCGGACAUAACCGCACUGUCUUAUGCCGUCCAGUCUGCGUCAUUCGAUAUUAUCGAGACCCUCUUCGCCCAUGGUGGCUCGAUCCAUAAAGGACAAUUAAUUCACCAUGCCGCUGGGCGUGAACUACCAGAUAGUGUCGAGGUCGUGGCUUAUCUCGUCGACAAGGGCGCGCCUAUCAACGAGGUUAUGUAUCAGAACGACGUACCUUCAACUAACUACAGUAUCCAUUCGGCCUCGGCAGCCCCCUUCAUACCGCAGCUAGGCAAGGGUAUCUGGACGUCGUCCGAUAUCUAUUGGAAAAAGGCGCCGAUUUAG